GGACCAUUUGAGGACGUCCAAUAGGAAACGGAAGUGUGUCCGUCAGAAAAAGUGACGCAAGGGCAAGGCAGCAGAAACAGCAUUAAUAAAACAUCAGAAUAUGCUUCGCUCUGCUCUGCAAAUAUCCCUUUCUCUUUGCUCACCUUUGAUUAUUAUUUUUAAUUAACUUUUAAAUUCAUCGCCCAAUCGCUUUUAAUCUCCCCUUGUUUUCAUCCUUCGAUUUCAAUUCGCUGUUCGCAGAAUUUUGGCCUCUAGUAAAUUAAACACCAUGGACCUCUUUCAGGACCUGUUUCUGACGGCGUCGCUGGCUCUGAUCCUCUCUUUUCUCGUCGCCAAGCUCGUCGCCGUGGCGGUUGCUGGCCGCGAGUCGGAGGCGGAGCUCGGGGAGGGUGGGAAUGGCGGCGGUGAAGGAGUUGGUGUGGAGGAGGUGAGCUUCGAGGAGAGGAGGCUGAAAGUGGAAGGCCUUUUCGGUCAGAGUCAGAGGAGGGUAGAGCUUGAAGGAGAAGUGAAGGAUGUCGUUCGUUUCGAAGGGGAAGCGGUUCAUCAGGCUGAGGAGAUUGCGGAGCUGCUGCAGCAGCAUCGACAAGGUCGUGGAUUGACGGAGGAGAUGUUGGAGAGAGAGUCGGUGGCGGUUGUAUUGCCGGAGAAGUCGUCAGUGACGGUAGGAUUGCCGGAGAAAUCGUCAGUGGCGGUUGUAUUGCCGGGGAAGCGGUCGGAUGGCGGGGAAAUGGAGAAAGCGAGCGAGUUCGAUCGCGGAAGCUCGGAAAACAGAGAAGCGGAAGAACUUGGCGCGAAGUCAGUAGGAAACGACGUCGUUGCCGAACAGUCGGAGGAGGUUAGGGUUGUGGAUUGCGAGGAAACUAAGAAGAAGACACACGUGGCGCCAAGUGAGGUUAAAUCGGGAGAUUUCAGUGACGAGGAUGAUUGGGAGGGGAUCGAGAAGAGUGAGUUGGAUGAUGAAUACGCUGCGGCGGUGAAAUCUGACGGACACGAUUGAUGGGUCGGCGAAUGUCGGUGGCAUGUGCAGGUAUCCAACGGCUCUCAACACUUGAGAGCGUGCCAAGUGGUAUUAGACUUCCUAUUAUCUCUCCGUUAAUAUAAUUAAUUUGUGUAGCUAUCCA